AAUGAAACAACUCCAUGGCUGCAGCAUGACGGAUGGCCUCGCUUAUUCCGUACCCGACCGCUUGGCAUCAUUGCGGCCACAGCAAAAAAGCCCAAAGCAGCAUGGAAUGAAGACUAUCUAUUGGGCCAAUGGCACGAUACAGCACUCCGGAGUCCAGCUGCCGUAGAAGCCCUGCUACGAGUCAUACUCCGUGGUGUCGACCUCAUGGUUGAUCGAGCCACGUUUACGUUGGCCAAGACUUCAUACAGA